AUGAUCUCUACACAGUCUACCAGCGUCAUGUCAAUUGGUGCAAUCACAUCUCCAGACUCUGCACACACUGAAUACCAUUUACCGUCGCUUUGUGAGAUGACUGACAAUGCAGCAACCGCUGCUGCUGCUGUUGACUCAUCUCGGGAAAGACAAACAUAUGUGGGCCAUUGGAUACACAACACUAGUGCCAAUGCUCCAUCCGACCGAUACGCUACAUACCCAAUGAUGCGCACUCCAUCAUCUUUUUCUUUAUCCAACAGAUCGAGAUUCCCCUCCAUUUCCCUGCCAUCCCCCUCAUUCUCUUCAUCUUCGUCCCACACAUCCGAUCACGACGAUGAGGAUGAAGUCCAUCACCACUUACAUCAGCACAGCAGGCAAAACUCGUUAUUCUCUAAUUUCGAAUCGACAUUUGGCAGCAGCACUAGUAAUGUUGGCGUUGGCAGAUCAAAAUCACUGGGUAGCAAAUCUGAUGCACUAGCGACAAGAAGAGCCCGAAACAAGCUUGCUUCAGCUAAAUAUCGAGCCAAGAAACAAGCCUUGACACAUGCAAUGCAGAAUAGAAUUAUGCAGCUUGCCACACAGGUCAUGAAUCUUCGUGAGGAGCUUGCAAUCACUAAAAAGAGUGAGAUUGAAAUCAAGGCGAAAUAUGAACGAUUAAUGCAAUACCAAAACAGUAUCCAUUCACCUCCCACUGCCUCCAUGGCUGCCAGUACCAUGGCUACUACUACUCACUUGUAUUAA